GAAUUGCGGCAGCGGUUGUCAAACACAAGGCCCUGGGGAGUGUAGCGCGCAACGCGCGCGAUCGCACCACAGCUUCCCUGAUAUCUGGCGGCCGGGUCUCUCCCGCGGCGACGCCUCGCUACUGGUAGGCAACGCUCUUUGCUGAUUCCAGCCGCUUCAGCACCGCAGGCCAGAAAAGUGCACCCGACGCCUGCACUGGUCCUGCCGCGCCCCUCUUCAUGGACAGCCAGCCCGCAACGGCGGAAUCCAAACAUCACUACCAGUCCUACCCUUGGCCAGGCGCACCUUCUGCCGGCACAACCUCGAGGGUAAAACCCGCUCCGGUGCCCGAAUCCUCGCCCGGAUACUUUCCUGCUCAGCUGGACCUCCUCCCGAUCCUGUUUCCCCAGCAGCUUUACCAAGACAAGCUCCUCCAGUACAACAAGCUCGUCUCCGCCGGCCGGGGCGGUGGAGGUGGCUUGCAGACCCCGCCACAUCCUCCCGUGCUGUCCUCCCCGCAAUCAAAAUCUUCCACGCGGUCGAGGUCUUCUUCCAAGGUGUCGAAUAAGGACAACAGCGCCCAAGCAAAGUCUGCUCCGCAAAGCUGUCAUGGGAAUAAGCCAGCGAAGAACUCAGAGCCCGCCGAACGUGCGCUUAUGAAAUCGGGCAAGGAACCGUCGUCCAAGAUGUCGGCCAAGAAGCCGUCCGAGCAAGCCGUCGACGGCGACGCGGCUGUGCGGCAACCGCCGGCGUCGCGCCAGGGCGCACCAGCUACAGCGACCCAAUCCAGUUCCGUUCCGUCGACCCCCCAUCAGCAUCCUCGAAAAUUCUCCUUCGAGUCCCGGGAACAAUCGCCUGGCGCCGCGCAGAACCAUUCCCCGCGUUCCGCUUACUCCGAAACGAACGGCAAUGUGCCAUCUCUCCGCCCCUUGCCCCCGAGAUUGGGAGGCUGCCGGUUUGAGACCGCGAUCCCGUUCUCGCGACGCAGGAUGCCCUACAGCCUCGGAACAGACAAGCUGGAAAAGGUGGACCCGGACAAGAUCAAGAGCAAGCUGUCAGAAGACGUGGAGAGGAAGCUCGAAACCGAUAUGCGGGAACUGUAUGACAGGUUAUUGCCGACCGAAGCAAUAGAGGUCAACCGGCGGGAGCUAGUCAGCAAGCUGGAGAGGCUCUUCAACACCGAAUGGCCGGGGCAUGACAUCCGUGUGCACCUGUUCGGCUCGUCCGGCAACCUAUUAUGCUCCGACGACUCCGACGUGGAUAUUUGCAUAACCACCCCAUGGCGGGAGCUGGAGAGCGUGUGCAUGAUUGCCGAGCUGCUUGACCGACACGGUAUGGAAAAGGUUGUCUGCGUCUCGUCUGCCAAGGUGCCCAUCGUCAAGAUUUGGGAUCCUGAGCUCAAAUUGGCCUGCGACAUGAACGUCAACAACACGCUAGCCCUCGAGAAUACUCGGAUGGUGCGGACGUAUGUUAGUAUCGAUGACCGCGUGCGGCCGCUGGCGAUGAUCAUCAAAUACUGGACGCGGAGGAGAGUCGUCAACGAUGCAGCGUUCGGCGGAACCCUCAGUUCUUACACGUGGAUCUGCAUGAUCAUUGCGUUUCUGCAGCUACGAGAUCCUCCAGUGCUGCCUGCGCUCCACCAGCAACAUGAUCUGAAGCUGGUCAAGCAGGACGGUGCUCUCAGCGACUUCGCUGACGAUAUCCCGAAGCUGCGCGGCUUUGGCGCAAAGAACAAAGACAGUCUGGCCGUGCUGCUCUUCCAGUUCUUCCGCUUCUAUGCGCACGAGUUCGACUACGACAAGUAUACCUUGUCAAUACGAAUGGGGACGCUGUUGACCAAAGCGGAGAAGAAUUGGCAGUAUCUGGUGAACAAUGCUCUCUGCGUCGAGGAGCCGUUCAAUGACGGGCGCAAUCUGGGCAACACGGCUGACGAGACGUCUUUUCGGGGUCUCCACAUGGAGUUGCGAAGGGCUUUCGACCUGAUCGCCGAGGGCAAGCUGGAGGAGUGCUGCGAGCAGUACGUGUUUCCCAAGGAGGAGGAGAGGGUAUGGCAGAAGCCCCCACCGGCGCCGAGACCGAUCCUCCUGAGGAGUUCUUCCCAGCAGCAUGGCAACAGCGGCAACCGCCUCCGUGGAGGCGGCUUCCGCGGCAAUCGGCAGUUUCACCGGAAUGGAGGUGCGGGUCGGCGAUCCUCGUCCAGUGUCACAUAUGACCCGAAUUCGGUCUACUCGCAGGCAGGGAUGCCGCCCACCAUGAGUCCUCAGGACCUCUUGUGGUACCAGGCCCAGAGUCCGCAGCUCAGCGUGCCUCAAGAGAUCUUGACCACGUCGCUCAACGCGUUAGCCGCGCAGGAGUCGAUGCGAUUCCAGCUCUACACGCAGCUCAACCAGCAGCAGGUGCUGGCCCAUGCCCAGCGAGUACAGCAGGGCGCGUCGACGACUGACAGGUCCCGGACGAACUCGCUCGACAACCCGCCAUUGACAGCACCCGUCCGGCCGGAGCUGAUGUACGGUAUCGGCUUUCCCAUACAACACGCGCCGUAUUUCCAUCCAGGAUUCACGACGUACCCCUCAUCUCCGGCCACGGCGGCUCCACCUUCCAACGGCCAGCCCGAGUUUCGGCGGAGCCUUCAUCGGACCGCCGCGGCGAGCGACUCGGGCGUCUCGCCUGGCAGCGGUGCCCUUAGGUCGCAAUCCCAGCCAGCUUCGAGAACUACGCUUCCUCCGCACUCGAUGGCCGUGUACUCGACAUCCAGUCAGUCGCACACCGGGAUAGGAGCAUCACAGUCGCGCCAGGUGCACGAUGUGGCCGUCCCGAGCUUCAUGCCCGAUGAGAGAGGUGAUCUGGGCUUCGACGACGUGCCGACAAAACCGAUCUCGGAUUCGCCGCCCGAGAACGAUGGCCCGCGUUUCAUAGGAUACUACGUCAAUGGCCACUCGGGUUCCAGUCGGCCUGCAAACGGGUUUCCAAGCGUCGGUGUGGCGUCUGCCGAAUCAAGUCAGAGCGGCCAGGGCGGCGGUCGCCGGCGGUUGUCGACUGAUCAGUUGCCUCAGUCCGUCCUUGACCGCAGGAUGAAGCGCACCUCACGUUCUCCGUCACCCAUGGGCCAUGCUAGGGCCUUGUCUGUGGGCGUGAAUUCGGCCCCUCUCCUCUCGGCGCCGUUCGCUCAGUCGAAUGGAAAGCUUCCCUCAAAGCCGCUCGUGGUAAAUGGUACGGCGCCAAAGACAGCGUCGACCCCGGGUUCGGGCCGUCCAACUGUCGUUACGGAGUCCUUAGUAUCGGACGACAGCCUCCACGACAAUGCUUUGCACAUUCACCAGGGGGUGAGUCCCAGCAGUUCGUGGCCGGAACAGCAGCCUACCCCUCCAUCCAGCGCCGCGGAGUCCGUGGCCACGCGCGUGCCGGAACGGCCAGUCAUCGUCAAUGGCUCCUCGACAAACCGGUCUCCUUCUGCGACGGUGCCCAAUCUGCUGGACACCUCGUUCCAACAACGGGUUGCGAUGGGAGCCGGCCUCCAUCUCCCUUACUCGGCCGUCGUGGGCGACCCCAACGGCCUUGCAGGGUUCUCGCGCGCCCACACGCGCCAGCAGCUAGCGCCGUUGGAUCUAGCCACAGGUGAUUACGCGGCUCACCAGGACCUGCCGCAUCUCUCCCCGGUGUACGAGCACCGCACCCCGUCGCCGACGGUGCCGCGCAAGUUUGAGCCCUCACCCAUCAGCCAACUGUCAGGGGCGGGAGCGAAGGACUUCCGGUCCGACUUCUCCCCGAAGGCGACCCAGAAGGCGCCGUCCAGCAGGUCCCCGAACGGCGGCGCCCCGACCCGGCAGCAGGACAGCGCCACGUCGCGAUCCCCGGCUCAGGACCAGAGGAUCAACGGGCUUGCACGGGAGAACGGACAUGUCCGCGCCGCGAAGAGCCAGACCGAGAGCUUCAGCGGCUGGCAGAAAACCAAGACGCGCAAGAAGGGCGGCGCCGCCGCCGCCGAGCUGAAGCAGUCUUCCGCCGCCAACGGCUUCCCGCAGAGCGAGCCGCCACCCAAAAAUGAGGCUGACCGCAAGGGCGGCUGAACGCGACCGCGUCUCUCCCGUCCUCCCCCAAAUUAGCGAGUCUUUGUGGGUGGUGUGCGGUCGCCGUGCUCAGCUGAUAGCGGCUGCGUUGAUCGAUCCAUGGUAGCGGCGAGCCCCUAUAAAACCCGUCCAGUCCGCCUCCGCAUGAGAUGCAAACAAACAGAGACAAGGGGUCAAGGCU